GGAGAGCCCAGAGUCCACCUUUGAGGUGUAUUUAGAGGUAGCCCAUCCAGGCUCACACAGCUCAGGGCCAAAAGUGCGAAGGCAGUUCCCUGAGGUCUACACAGACCAGCUGAUACCUGAGGUAGCUGUGCCUGAGGGGGAAGAGCGGUUGUCGUCUAACCAGAGGGUCCCAGUCUACCACAUUCCGCAUGCCGAAUGUCCUUUGCAGUAAACUGAACUCCAAAAUUGCCCCUUCUCAUAAGUAAAUGUUAAAAUGGUCUGUAUUUAUAUAUCGCUUUUCUAAUCUUGAUGACCACUCAAAGCACUUUACAGUUUGCCAUUAUCUCAUCCCACACACACUCGUACAGUGCAUCUAUGGGCAGCACUUUUCUUUUUCUAUGAGGGGUUAAGCGUCUUGCCCAAGGACAAUUCAUCAUGCAGAUGGGGAAGACUGGAAUCAAACGGCGACCUUCUGGUUGGAAGACGACCGAAUUUUUUUUAUGAAAGGAAACUCUUCAGACCUUGCCCAAGUUCUGCUUCCCCUUCGGCAUGGACAGCCCAACGGUCACCCAGGUUGGCCAGAACUUCACAUUUGUAUUGACUGACAUUGAGAGCAAACAGAGAUUUGGCUUCUGUCGACUGUCCUCAGGUGCACACACCUGCUACUGCAUUCUCAGCUACCUGCCCUGGUUUGAAGUGUUCUACAAGCUACUGAAUAUCCUUGCAGAUUACACAAUCAAAGGCCAGGAAAGCCAAUGGCAAGAGCUCCUGGUAUCACUUCAUGUGCUACCCAUUCCUGAGCCAGGGGUCCCUGUUCAUCUCGGUGUGCAUUCCUUCUUUACUGUGCCUGACACGAGGGAACUCCCAAGCAUACCUGAGAAUAGAAACCUAACAGAGUACUUUGUAGCAGUAGAUGUCAAUAACAUGCUUCAUCUGUAUGCUAGUAUGAUUUAUGAACGUCGAAUCCUCAUCUGCUGUAGCAAACUAAGCACUUUAACAGCUUGUGUCCAUGGGUCUGCAGCCUUGCUAUAUCCCAUGCACUGGCAACAUGUUUACAUUCCUGUCCUGCCUCAACAUCUCUUAGACUACUGCUGUGCCCCAAUGCCAUACCUCAUUGGAGUGCAUUCCAGCAUGAUGGAGAGAGUUCGAGUGUUGGCUCUGGAUGAUGUGGUGGUCCUAAAUGUAGACACAAACACAUUGGAUACUCCCUAUAAUGACCUAGAAAGCCUGCCCAAUGAUGUGGUUGUGUCUUUAAAAAGUCGUUUGAAGAAGGUUUCAACAACAACAGGGGAUGGAGUGGCUCUAGCCUUCCUCAAGAGUCAGGCAGCUCUGUUUGGCAGCUACAGAAACGCUCUGCACAUUGAGUUGGGAGAGCCAAUAACUUUCAAUGAAGAAACAUUUGUGAAUCAUCGUACCAGUGCCAUGAGACAGUUCCUUCACAACGCUAUUCAGCUGCAGCUCUUCAAACAGUUCAUUGAUGGGCGUCUAGACUUGUUGAACUCAGGCGAGGGUUUCAGUGACAUCUUUGAGGAGGAGAUCAACUUGGGCGAAUAUGCAGGAAGUGACAAGACCUACCACCAGUGGCUGUUCACUGUAAAGAGAGGGGGUGGUGCUAUCUUCAAUACAGUGAAGACAAAGGCAAACCCAGCCAUGAGGACUGUUUACAAGUUUGCCAAAGACCAUGCAAAAAUGCGUAUUAAAGAAGUCAAGAGCCGGCUAAAGCAGAAGGAGCAAGCAGAAAAUGGCUUCUCUACAGGAGUGUCAUCAGUCAUCAAUGAUGAAAGCGCAACAAGUAUUGUCUCCCCCCCAAGUGGAGUCCGGACGGAGGGUGGACAGCAAACCUGGGACGACCACAGGGCAAUCACUGUGCACUUUGGACAGGAUCAGCCACCUGUGUUGUUGAAAAGACCAAAAAGCAAUCUGAGUCUGGAAACCAGCCUUGAACACUCUAUCCGUCCUACUCGUCACUACACAGUCUUUCUCUCUGAAGAUUCAUCUGGAGAUGAGCUCCAGUUCGACAAUAACUCCAUCUCUGGGUUUCCUGACAGCUUUCUCUUCUCUGUUCCUUUUGAGUGGUCACCUCUGCCACAGCCAUACCGCUCCCUGAAGGAAGGAGAGUUGAGAGAAGCUGAUGAUCCUAGUAUUGGGGCUGAGAGUCACACUGCUCCUCCCAGCCCAGUCAAUGAGAAGUUCUCCAAUGUCAACUUGCUUGGGGAUAUAUUCAGCUGCCAAGAUGAGCCUGACAUCCAACCAAUUACCUUAGCCAAAAGUCUUGAGGACCUGAGGAUUCCCAAAGACCCUGGGGAGCUACAAGCUACAUUUACUUACCAGCGGAUGGACCUGUGUGUCGAUGAAAACUCUCAAACAUUUCCAGGCCUCAAGCUCUCUAAGCCUUAUAAUAAGCUAUGGAGUAUAGGGCCUAAUGAACCGACCUUGCCCAUUUUUGCACCUCCUGCCUGUGAUGCGGGUGCAUUUAUACAACUUCCUAUGCAGACAGAAGCCCACUCCCCAAGCCAUGAAAGCUCUGAACUGGGUUCUGACCCUUUCACGCCUUCCACCCCUGGCAACAUUACCAUCCCACGUCCCCAUGGAAGAAAGACACCGGAGCUUGGUUCUGUCCUUGCACCCCCCAUGGCCCAGUCACGCUCUAAAGCAGUAGAAACUGGUGAAGCAAGUACUGCAUUUGGGGGGAAAGAGUUUAGGCAAGCUCUGAGCAUGACCACAGAUGGAGAACUGCUGGAGUCCACCAACAUAGCUGAGGGCAGUAUAGAUCUGAUAAGCCUGCUUGACCCCCUUAAUAGCUCAGCAAAUAGUGACUCCACUUCACUUAAAUAUGGGGAAUGCAUUGGCAUUUCGCCAUCUUCCUGCAAACCAACACUUCCACCAAGGUCUUACCCACAGGGCUUACCUAUUUUCCCAAUGCAUCCUCACAUGUCACUUAACCCUUUUGUCCAGUCUCUGCAACCAACCUCCCCUCAAAUGCAUUAUUCACUAACUGCAAGAAGGAAUCCCUUCAGUACAGUGUGUGGGCCUCCAGUAGGCUCUUACUUACACUCUUCAACCCAGCCACAGUCCAUUUCUACACUAUCAGGGCUUUACAGACAUCAUUCACCAGGCAGUUCAACUCUGCCACACAGCUAUGGACCGCUCCAGUCAACCUUCUCCUCCUCAGAAACCUCACUGCUUCACUCCUCUGCCAGCAAUCAUGCCCUUUCCAACCUGGCAGACUCAAUGUCUGUCCCCAGUACAGCUAUGAACUUGGUGGUAAAGCCUCUUUCUUCAGAGGCAGACAGCCAGAAGAGUCGGGAUCCUUUUGGGGACCUGAUGACUAUGGUCAAGCCAGCUACACCCCCAAAAAAGAAGGUGGAGGACCUUCGGAGGAGGUGGGAAACGUUUGACUAAAGUCUGUUAAGGUGCCCUCUCUGUAACUACACAAACUUCCCUCACUAUUGGAUCCAAACCUAUUGCAUUUACUGACACAUUAGCCAUAAUACACUCUGUUCUGCUUACGCAACUCACUAUCAUAGAAGGAUUAUAGCUUUACCUGGCAUGUAACACUUGCUGUGGAAUGCAACUUUAAAGUUCUGUAAGAAUUGUCUCAUCCUCAAUUCUUAAAUGUUUGUUUUGUAAUCAAUGUGAACUCAUGCUGGGUAAAGAAAAAAAAAGAGUAGAUGACAUAUGUGCGUUAUGCCAGUUUAACGUUUAUGAUUUGUAAAGUAAUGUCUACCAGAAAUGGUAAAUACAAUACUUAUAGGAAUCAAAAGCUAGAUGAAACUUGUCAGGAUUAAUAAAGCUAACUGUAACAUUGAAGGGAAAUUCAGGUAGCAAGUAGUUGCUGUUGCCAACUUUAUUAGACUGAUUUGGCAAAGGGAGACAGGGUGUAUAUGGCUCUUAUGAACAUGUAUGUUUUUUUUCCAGUGCAAUCUGAGUUGAUGGUGCCUGAACAUCUUUCUUCUGAUGCUGUCCAUUUGGCCAUGGCAACCAGAGAAGCAACACAGAGGAAAACUAUGUUAAUUUUAAUAUCUAAGUUACUGAAGAAGUGUAAACAUUCUCAGGGUUCAUUAUGAAACUGUAGCGGGUCAAACACGGUAAAUACAUGGUCAUUCAUUGUCGUCCAAGACCCGUUCACAUUGACACUGCUAAAGAAAUGUGGACACAAAAGUCCCAGUCCUCCUUAAAAUGGUCUGAAUUAUAGGAUAUUGUUUCCCUUGUGAAUGUGAGCAUAUACUUGUCCUCAGUGCAUCUUGGGUAUGUUUGCCUGUACUUAGAGCUCUCCAUUGUGAUCAGAUCACUCAGGACAGAUGUUAAUUCCAGGUCUUAAUGCGAUCUCUGUUUGCAGCCAGUCAGUAGUUGCUAUGUCAGAGCAACCCCUUGGUGCAUCCAUCUGAAGUAUAUCAGCAAUAUUUGAGCAACCGCCAUUUAAUUUCGGUUCUUUAAUUAUCUCUUAAUGUAGAAGUUUUACUUAUUAUUCGGAAUCUGCCUUUACUUAUGUGAAAUUAAUAUUGUACAAACAAAAAAGGGAUUCACGGGAAACUACAGAUCCACUGGACAUGAUGCACUCAUUAGUGCAGUUUUACCAUGUGAAAUGACUUUGUUAAAUGACUAAAUAUAGCAUACCAAAAUGAAAUGUCUCAGCACUGUCGUUGCAUAAUGUACAUUAAUUUGCCCCUAAUGAUUAAUAAAGACAUAAUCUUA